CACGCGGAUUUGCAUGAAACACAGACUGGAAGCGGGCGGGAGCGGGAGCUGGAGCGCGGCGCACGGCCCAGGCCCGGCCCGGGGAGCGAGCGAGGGAGCCGUGAAGGAGGAGGGCAGCUAGGGGCGAGGCUGCCGAGGCGGAGGGAUCUGCGCAUCAAAGCGAUCGGGGCGAGCAAAGUUUGGCUGGGGGUUGGACUUUCCUUCCUGGAGGCGGCACCCAAACAGCCACCCGGUGCGGAAACCCAAACUUUCUUCUGCCACUCUGAGGCUAGCGGCCGUCGCCUCCGCCCCGCGUUCGGGGCCUGCCAGACCCUGUGCCGCUGUCGUCCGCCCGCCGGCUUCCCCCGCCGCCCUUCUGUCUGCCGUGAGAGCCCCGUAGGCUGCAGCGCCGCGGCCUGGCCCGGAGCACCGGCAAGUUCGCCGAGAGUUGAAACGAAGAAGUUUGGGCAGCCCCGGCCCAGCUCCUCUUUGCGCCCCCGGCGUCCCGCCGCGCCCAGCCCCGCCGGGGGCGUCCCUCGGCGCCCGCGCGCGCUCCCCAGCCAUGUCGUCCAUCCUGCCCUUCACCCCCCCGAUCGUGAAGCGCCUGCUGGGCUGGAAGAAGGGCGAGCAGAACGGGCAGGAGGAGAAGUGGUGUGAGAAGGCGGUCAAGAGUUUGGUCAAGAAGCUCAAGAAGACGGGGCAGCUGGACGAGCUGGAGAAGGCCAUCACCACGCAGAACGUCAACACCAAGUGCAUCACCAUCCCCAGGUCCCUGGAUGGCCGACUGCAGGUGUCCCAUCGGAAGGGGCUCCCCCAUGUCAUCUACUGCCGCCUGUGGCGAUGGCCCGACCUGCACAGCCACCACGAGCUGCGGGCCAUGGAGCUGUGUGAGUUCGCUUUCAACAUGAAGAAGGACGAGGUCUGCGUGAACCCCUACCACUACCAGAGGGUAGAGACCCCAGUUCUACCUCCUGUGCUGGUGCCACGCCACACAGAGAUCCCGGCCGAGUUCCCCCCGCUGGACGACUACAGCCAUUCCAUCCCCGAAAACACUAACUUCCCUGCGGGCAUCGAGCCGCAGAGCAAUAUUCCAGAAACCCCACCCCCUGGCUACCUGAGUGAAGAUGGAGAGACCAGUGACCACCAGAUGAACCACAGCAUGGACGCAGGUUCUCCAAACCUAUCCCCGAAUCCGAUGUCCCCAGCACACAGUAACCUGGACCUGCAGCCCGUCACCUACUGCGAGCCAGCCUUCUGGUGCUCCAUCUCCUACUACGAGCUGAACCAGCGUGUCGGGGAGACAUUCCACGCCUCGCAGCCGUCCAUGACCGUGGAUGGCUUCACCGACCCCUCCAACUCGGAGCGCUUCUGCCUCGGGCUGCUCUCCAACGUCAACAGGAACGCGGCCGUAGAGCUCACGCGGAGGCACAUCGGGCGGGGCGUGCGGCUGUACUACAUCGGAGGGGAGGUCUUCGCAGAGUGCCUCAGCGACAGCGCUAUCUUCGUGCAGUCCCCCAACUGUAACCAGCGCUACGGCUGGCACCCAGCCACCGUCUGCAAGAUCCCACCAGGAUGCAACCUGAAGAUCUUCAACAACCAGGAGUUCGCCGCCCUCCUGGCCCAGUCGGUGAACCAGGGCUUCGAGGCCGUCUACCAGCUGACGCGCAUGUGCACCAUCCGCAUGAGCUUUGUCAAAGGCUGGGGAGCAGAGUACAGGAGACAGACAGUGACCAGCACCCCCUGCUGGAUCGAGCUGCAUCUGAAUGGGCCUUUGCAGUGGCUUGACAAGGUCCUCACCCAAAUGGGCUCCCCAAGCAUCCGUUGCUCCAGUGUGUCUUAGAGACGUGGGGUGU